AAGUGGGUGGGAUUUGAAGAAAGUGAGAGAUGCACUCCAUUUAGGGUAUAGCAAAGGGGGUAAAAAACCCACAUCAGGGUUGGGUUUCUCUGUGACAUUGACAGCAGCCCAGGGUGAGCUAAUGUCCACAAAACUAAGAACCCACACCCUUUAGAUGACAAGAGUAGGCUGGGCAGGAGUGGCGCCCCAAAAUAGGGUGUAAAGAACCCCGAGGAUACUGAGAACACAUAUUGGAAGUAUUGGAGGGUCUUGACUUGGGGAUAAAGAAAAUGGGGGCAUAGGCCAGAAAGGAGGGAAGGGGAGAGUUUUCAUUAAGGGACAAAAAUUCAUGGGUGAGGACAGCUGAGGAGCGCAUAGGCUGCUGGAGCUAGUGCAGGGCCUAAGGGUGGGAGCUGGUGGUUGUGGGGGGACGUGAAGGGGUCUGGGGUUUAGCCCCAGAUCCUGCGGGUGGGGCGGUGGGUUGGGUCCUGAGCAUGCCCUGGUGAGAGGGCUCCUCUCCAGGGGAGCCCAGGGCGCUCCGGGACCUGCUGGUUUGGGGGUGUCUCCUCCCGGGGCGCUAUGGCGGCGUUGGCCAGUAGCUUGAUCCGUCAGAAGCGGGAGGUCCGUGAGCCCGGGGGCAGCCGGCCGGUGUCGGCGCAGCGGCGCGUGUGUCCCCGCGGCACCAAGUCUCUUUGCCAGAAGCAGCUCCUGAUCCUGCUGUCCAAGGUGCGACUGUGCGGGGGGCGGCCCACGCGACAGGACCGCGGCCCAGAGCCUCAGCUCAAAGGCAUCGUCACCAAACUGUUCUGCCGCCAGGGUUUCUACCUCCAGGCGAAUCCCGAUGGGAGCAUCCAGGGCACCUCAGAGGACACCAGCUCCUUCACCCACUUCAACCUGAUUCCUGUGGGUCUCCGCGUGGUUACCAUCCAGAGUGCCAAGCUGGGUCACUACAUGGCUAUGAAUGCCGAGGGCCUGUUGUACAGCUCGCCACAUUUCACAGCAGAGUGUCGCUUUAAGGAGUGCGUCUUUGAGAAUUACUAUGUCCUGUAUGCCUCUGCCCUCUACCGCCAGCGUCGUUCUGGCCGGGCCUGGUACUUAGGCCUGGACAAGGAGGGCCGGGUCAUGAAGGGAAACCGAGUCAAGAAGACCAAGGCGGCUGCCCACUUUGUGCCCAAGCUCCUGGAGGUGGCCAUGUACCGGGAGCCUUCUCUCCACAGUGUCCCUGAGACCUCCCCCUCCAGUCCCCCCGCCCCUUGAGAUCUAGUCCCUGGACUGGAGGCUCCCUGCACUUCCAGUGAGCCAGCCACCGCCACAGCCUGUCCCCUAGCCACGCUCCGGGCCUUGCUGCUCUCACCCUGUUGCCACACACAAGCCCUGAGCAGCCAGGCCUCACCAGGUGCUGUACCCCGAGGGCACCUAGGGGCUGGCUGGGACCUCUGGAGCUGCUGCUGCGCUCCCAGAUCCUGGGGCCCAGGAGAGGUUCUCAGAUGGGGGUGCCUGGAACGAUCCUGGCUGUUCACUUCUCUCUUUCCACACUAACUCCUACCCUUAAGAGAACCUCGGGUUUUCCUGAAAUGGCCCCU